AUGGAUUCAAACACUACCUCUAGAUCGAUUAAGGUGGUUCUUCUAGGGAACCUGGGAGUGGGGAAGACCUGUCUCCGGUCACAAUUUGUCCACCAUAUGUUCACCAAUGCCUACAAGGCUACCAUUGGAGGGGACUAUCUCACAUCCACCUUGAAGGUAGAAAAUACAGCAGACACCACGGCCACAUCACCAUUGGACUCACAGGAAUCCACGGAGCCAUCUCUGACAACUACAGUCAACUUGCAAAUUUGGGACACCGCGGGUCAAGAACGAUUCAAUUCGAUCUCUCAAGCUUUCUACAGAGGCACAGAUGUGGUUGUGUUAGUUUACGACGUCAGCAACUACGAGUCGGUCAUCGCACUCAAUGACUGGUUCCGCCGCUUUAUGGAGCACUGCCAUGUGGAUAGGCCUGGAGUUGUAGUUGUGGGCAAUAAAGUCGAUAAAGUGCGGGUGGUUUCAAAAGAAGAAGUAUUUGACAUUCUUGAUCGUGAACAACAAACACAACAUGCUGAUAGUGGGCCCAGAGUGCUGGACUAUACCAAGCAGGAUGAUGUUCUUGAGAUAUGUUGCAAGCGACUAGAAAUGGUCCAGAGCGUCUUCCAGCGUGUUGCCGAGGUCGGGGUUCGAUUAGACGAUACUUCACGAGCAGACGAUUCCAGAUUGGUUCGCUUUGAUGUUGAUGUCGCUCCAGUUCAAAGUAAAUGUUGUUAA